GCACAAAACGAAGACGGAGCAGCAGCAGAAGAAGAAGAAGAAGAAGCAGAAAAGCCUCUUUCUCUCUCUCUCUCUCUCUCUUCUCGAGCACUGAGCAGAGCGCAGCGAGCGAGGCGUUCCCCCUUCCCCUCCAAAGUUCCCAACUUUGAUACAGAAACGACGAACCCAUCUCCCCACAUGUCGACCACGACGCGCAUUCGGCCGCACCGCCGUGAACUGUAAAGCUUCCCCCGCUGAUCUGGGUCGCUGCCACCCCGCAGUAAGAUGGCCGGAGCCUGCCCCCAGGGCAACGACAUCGGCUCCCUCCUCCUCAACCGCUCCUCCGCCGCCGCGACCGGCACCGGCCGCCUCUGGCCCUCGUUCUCCGGCUCCGCCGUCCGCCACCGCAUCCUCGACGCCUUCCGCUGCGGCGGCGGCUCCUUCUCCUCCUCCCGCCGCCGCCGCCGCAAGCCCCCGAGGCCCCCGCGGCCGGACCCCGACCCGGCCCCUGCCCCCGCCCCGCCGCCGGCGCCGGCGCGGGGGCCCAAGACGCUGGCGACGUUCGUGUCGAAGUCGGAGAAGCUCAGCGACCUGCUCCAGCUGGCGGAGAUCCACGAGCAGCAGGAGACCCACGUGGAGACGCGGAAGAAGGUGGAGGCCCUGGAGAAGCUGAAGCGGGUGGUGAGGGAUUUGCAGGACGCGGAGGGGGAGGAAGGGGAGGCAGGGGAGGCGGCGGACCGGGAGGAGAAGAGGAGGGAGGGCGCGCGCAACGUGAGGCUGCUCGCGAAGGAGGACUCCGAGGCGAGGACGACGCUCGCGAUGCUGGGGGCGAUCCCGCCGUUGGUGGGAAUGCUCGAUUCUUCGGAUCUCGAUUCGCAGAUUGCGUCGCUCUACGCUCUGCUCAACCUCGGCAUUGGCAAUGACAUGAAUAAGGCGGCCAUUGUCAAAGCAGGGGCUGUUCAUAAGAUGCUGAAGCUUAUUGAGUCUCCUGAGGAGACCAUAGACCCGUCGAUCUCAGAAGCUAUAGUAGCGAAUUUCCUUGGCUUGAGUGCUUUAGAUUCGAACAAGCCCAUCAUCGGAUUGUCAGGUGCAAUCCCCUUUUUGGUGAAUACCCUUAUAGAUGUUGACCGCAAGAGUAGCCCCCAAGCAAAGCAAGAUGCUCUCAGAGCUCUCUACAACCUUUCCAUCCUCCCCUCCAAUGUCUGCAUAAUAAUCGAAACUGAUUUGGUCCCUUUCCUUAUGAAUGCCUUGGGAGACAUGGAAAUCAGUGAACGGAUAUUAUCUAUACUCAGCAACAUCGUAUCUACCCCUGAAGGCAGAAAGGCGAUCAGCAGAGUUAAAGAUGCAUUCCCUAUACUGGUUGACAUUAUAAAUUGGACGGACUCGCCGGAUUGCCAAGAGAAAGCAUCGUACAUUUUGAUGGUGAUGGCUCACAAAGCUUAUAAUGAUAGGCAGGCAAUGAUCGAGGCUGGAGUUGUAUCGGCAUUGCUCGAAUUGACGCUUCUUGGCAGUACAUUGGCACAGAAGAGAGCUUCGAGGAUACUGGAGUGUUUGAGAGUGGAUAAAGGGAAGCAGAUAUCAGAGAGCUAUGGCGGAAGUAGCAUGAGUGCAGCAGUAUCUGCUCCUAUAUGCGGGGCUUCAUCGACUGCACUGAGUGUUAAUGGAGGUACGAAGGAGUCUAUGGAGGAUGAGGACAUGAUGAGCGAGGAGAAGAAAGCAGUGAAGCAAUUGGUCCAGCAGAGUUUGCAGAGCAACAUGAGGAGGAUCGUUAAGAGAGCUAAUUUGCCUCAAGAUUUCGUUCCUUCGGAUCAUCUCAAGACCCUCACUGCAAGCUCUACUUCAAAGAGCUUGCCAUUUUGAGAACUGAUGCCUCACAAGAUCUGUAGAAAAUGAAUCACCGUUCUCGCGUCGGUUGCGGGAGGAGGAGAUGAAUCUGAGAGCUUGUUGAUAUUAAAAUAACACCCUCAAGGUAUAUAAUAUAUAUAUAUGGUUUUUAGGUCAUAGCCAUCAUCAUGUUAUUGUUUUUUUAAAUUUAGGGGUUACCGGCAUCAUUACUUGAUGUGAUCUCAGUUUUCUGUAUAUAUUUUGUUCUGCUGCUGCAACUUUUAGUGGUGUUGUUUGUUUCCUCCAGUGGAUGCCCCUGAGGGCUUCACCAACAAUUCCACUUCCACGCACCAGCUAACAUUAUCAUUUAUAUAUA